AUGGCAGCUACGAACAACCCUCUCGAGGGCACACACACCACCACCGACCCCUCCGUCUCCUCCCACACCUACACCAUCGCAGGCAUCCUCGUCACUGUCCAUGGCCUCUCCGAACUGCCGCCAUCCUGCACCUCGGUUGCCUGCCUAUGGCUCCUGCACCCACGUCUCCAGACCAAAGAUACAAUGGCGCCGAUAGCUGCCCAGGUCAUCUCGGCAUGGAACGCGCGCAUACACAGUGGCAAAGCGGGCGAGCACCCCAAAGGUCUUAUUGCCGUGGCAUUCGACCAGCGAAAUCACGGCAGCAGACAAGUGGACAAACUGCACAAUGAGGCUUGGAGGCAGGGAAACCCAAGACACGCCCAAGACAUGUUCAGCUGCUAUCAUGGCACAGCAACAGACACCUCGCACCUCAUGAACCACCUCGAAUCCUACGUCUUCAACACCAGGACCAGCCCGACCAUCACCCAGCAUCUUGCCCUCGGCAUAUCACUCGGCGGCCACGCGACAUGGCACUGCCUGCUUUCCGACCCGCGAAUAACAGCCGGCGUAGUGGGUAUCGGCUGUCCAGACUACACCCGCUUGAUGACUGAUCGCGCGCGUCUGUCCAAGAGGGAGACAUACACAAGUACUACACCACCAGGCGCGUCGUUUCUCGGAUCCCCUGAUUUCCCACAAGCCCUGCAAGAUGCUAUUGCGCAGUAUGACCCUGCGGGUUUGCUUCUGCCUGGUCAUUUCAAGCCCACAGAGCCCGACUCGCCGCCAUCGAAAGCUUCGUUGGAUCGCUUCGGGAUACUGGCACGUGAGCGGCUGCAUGGUAAGCGCAUAUUGAACUUGAGCGGUAAGGUGGAUAAGCUAGUUCCGUACGCGGCCGGAGAGCCGUUCCUGGAUAUCUUCAAGCAGGUGUUACACGAGGAUAAGACUUUGGACAUUGCACUCGAAGACGUCUUAUUCGACGGCGUAGGACAUGCUUUCCCAAAAGCCAUGGCAGACAAGGCGACGGACUGGAUAUGCGACGUACUAGCGCAAGACACUGGUGCGUCUGUGCCGAGCAAGCUGUAG